CCCUCACUCUCUCUUCCCACCGCAAGAUCAUUCAAGAAAGACAAAACAGUUAUCUCUGUGAGCUUUAACAAUGGCUAACGAGGUGAUCCUUCUUGAUUUCUGGCCUAGCAUGUUCGGGAUGAGGACGAGGAUCGCGUUGAGGGAGAAGGGUGUCGAGUUCGAGUACAGAGACGAGGACCUGUGGAACAAGAGCCCUUUGCUUCUCGAGACAAAUCCGGUUCACAAGAAGGUUCCGGUUCUCAUCCACAACAGCAAACCGGUCUGCGAAUCUACAAUCCAGGUUCAGUACAUAGACGAGGUCUGGUCUGACAAGAACCCUAUCCUCCCUUCUGAUCCUUACCAGAGAGCUCAGGCUAGAUUUUGGGUUGAUUUCAUCGACGAAAAGAUGUACGAUGCCCAGAGGAAGGUGUGGGGGACCAAGGGUGAGGAACAAGAGACAGGCAAGAAAGAGUUUAUUGAGUUGCUCAAGACACUUGAAUCUGAGCUUGGAGACAAAACUUACUUUGGUGGCGAUGACUUUGGCUACGUAGACAUUGGAUUGAUUGGGUUCUACUCGUGGUUCCAUGCAUACGAGAAGUAUGGUAACUUGAACAUCGAGUCAGAGUGUCCGAAACUGAUCGCGUGGGCCAAAACUUGUAUGCAGAGGGAGAGCGUGGCUAAGUCCUUGCCUGAUUCUGAGAAGGUUAUUGAGUUUGUCACUGAGAUCAGGAAGAAGUUUAUGAUUGAGUAGAUAAUGUUUUCUUUGUCCUUUUGGUUCUUAUAUACGCUCACUGAGAUCAGGAAGAAGUUUAUGAUUGAGUAGAUCAUGUUUUCUUUGUCCUUUUGGUUCUUAUAUACGCUCGCUUGUCAUGUGUUUUCGUUUGGUGAUGUCUUUUUUAAUAAUUGUAUUUUCUUUGGGUGUU